CCCGCCUUGAAUCAACAGAUCAGUAGGCAGUUUCUUGGAAUUUGUUGUGCUCGUCUGAUUCUUUUGUUUAAUUGUUUGUUCAAUUGAUUUAAAGUUGAUAAAAGAUGCUCAAUUCAGGGAAAUUGGCCGGUCGCACGUUGUUCAUCACGGGUGCCAGUCGUGGAAUUGGAAAAGCCAUCGCACUCAAAGCCGCUAGAGAUGGGGCUAAUAUAGUUAUUGCUGCAAAGACUGCUAAGCCCCAUCCAAAAUUGCCUGGGACAAUCUAUACUGCAGCUGAAGAAGUCAGAGCUGCUGGGGGUCAUUGCCUUCCAUGCGUAGUGGAUGUGAGAAAUGAAACCCAAAUCCAAGAUGCUGUGGAUCUGGCUGUCAAAACAUUUGGAGGAAUUGACAUAGUCGUAAACAAUGCAUCUGCCAUUUACCUAACUAGUACAGCUGAGACUUCAGUCAAAAAUUUUGACUUGAUGCAAGCAAUCAUUGUUCGAGGGACAUUUCUUGUGUAA